AAUGUUCGCAACGCCUUCGAUAGAAUUAUGGAAAGGAAAGUUUAUUUCCCUCUGCGACACGUUCGCUGACAGUACGAAAAUCCAGUGAAACAACUUUUGGCAAACACGGCCACCUUCUGGACCACAAAAGGAAUACAGUCCUGCCUUGUUCCGAAUGAACAAAGCAAGCCAGACGAGCUAACGUUCGCAGAACGUCUGAAAUUUAAUUAGCCAUCACCGCAUUCUUUAUUUAAAUUGAAAGAUACACACAGCAGGAUUGUGGAGGCAUUCGUGUCACCUGGCGUCGCCGUUGAUGAUGAAAUCAUGGCUACUGAAGCAACACCAACUCCUACUUUAGAAGUGGCAGAGGAGCUGGCAAGGCGUUUGAGUGAAGCUCUGAGCACUGGGAAUGAAGAGGAGGCGGUCACAUUGAGCCGGAAGUUGUGCCGACUCUCUCUGCCAGUGUGCGUCAGCAUCGGCAGUCAGGACCACACUCAAGACUCCAUUAGGUUGGUCGUGGGUGUGGAGGACGCACAGUCUGAUGCCGCCAUACCGAUUACUCUUCUUGUUUCAUGCGGAAUGACCAUCUCCCAGCUUAAAGACGAGAUCGACCAGAAAUUUGGCUUCCCUCCGGCGCUGCAGCGCUGGGUGAUUGGGAAGCGGCUGGCAUGCGACCACGAGACGCUGCGCAGUCACGGCAUUCGCCAUGACGGCGACUGGGCUUUCCUGUUCCUCCUGUCAGGCCGUCCCCCUCAUCUGAACAAACAGCCGCAGCAACCCGAAGGCGUCGUGGAGUCGACAGAGACAGUUCAAGUGAUUCCUCCACCUCCUCCCCAAGGAAGACCUCGCACCCCUCAGCCCGGUUGGGAGUGCCCUCGCUGUACGUUCAUCAACAAGCCAACCCGUCCCGGAUGUCAGAUGUGCGACGAGGAGAGGCCAGAGGAUUACCAGGUCCCCGAAGGCCACAAACCGGUCGGGGACGAGGCUUUGCGGAUUCAGAAUGAAAAGCUGGCCACAUUUAUUUUCAAAGAGGUUCAGCAGGCGGAGCGACAAAUAAACUAUUUGAACUUGGUGCAGACUGACGACCAGAGCCUCAUUCCCACGACCUCAGAGACCACCUGUCCCAUUUGCUUCUCUACGCUGGAGCCAGGCGAGGGCGUGGUGCUCAGGGAGUGCCUGCACACCUUCUGCAGGGAAUGCUUGCGAGGGACCAUCCUCAACUGUGCCGAUGCUGAGGUGUCCUGUCCCGAGGAGUGCGAGAUGAAGCUCGUCGACCGAGAGAUCAAAGCGCUGCUCACGGCGGAAGAGCACGAGCGUUUUCUGGAACAACGUCUGAGCGUCGCUGAGAGUCGCCUGGACCACACCUUUCACUGCCGUACCCCCAACUGUCGAGGCUGGUGCAUCUAUGAGGACGAAGUCAACCAUUUCCAAUGUCAACUCUGCAGCCAACUCAACUGCCUUCUCUGCAAGGCCAUUCACAAGGACAUGAAUUGUCAAGAGUAUCAAGAUGACCUGCGCACCCGGGCAGAAAAAGACCACGCGGUGCAGCAGACUCAACUGCUGCUGGAGGGUAUGCUCCGGAGCGGCAAGGCCAUGAAUUGUCCACAGUGCGACAUCACUAUCCAAAAGAAAGACGGCUGCGAUUGGCUCCGCUGCUCCGUGUGCAGGACGGAAAUUUGCUGGGUGACCAAACAAGCUCGCUGGGGGCCCAAUGGCAGAGGAGACACAUCAGGAGGCUGUCACUGCGGAGUGAAUGACCUGCCGUGCCAUCCCAACUGCAUGAACUGCCACUGAUGCACUUGCGCUUUUGUAUUUAGUUCUCUAUACAGCGAAUUAUGCUAUUAGUGAUCAGGGAAUGCAGUCACCUUUUAUCUACUUCAUGGGUUACAUGAUGCACUAAAUUAAAGCGGAGGUGGCCUGUCAA